UACAGAAUUCGCAAGAUAAUACUGCUAGUUUAUAAAUGCGAAGAUCUCUUCUUGGUUAUAUUUUCCAACUUCUCCUGACCAAGCUGAAGCCAGCCGAUAUACGUCAUUUGCUAUGGCAAAAGCGCAGAUAUCAUUUGUUCAUUACCACAUUCGAAAAACAAGGAUUUGCUGUGGUCCAUCCCUCGACUAGUCUGGCUAAAGGCGUUAUCGCUGAUCAAAUCGUUGAGGUUACUGUAACCUAUCGUACAUGGCAGAACGUCUACAGACAGACUUCACGACUGAUGCGACUAUCGCUGUCAAUAUCCAUUCCAGCCGAUUAUGUUCAAAUUGGCCGAAAUGAUGCCUACAAUAUGUUUGGAGGUGUGCCUGGCACUGAUUUUAUUGUUGAUAGUAUCAAAUCCUACAACUCAUUACCCAAUUCGGAGAAAACCUUGGCCACUACAGAAGCCGUGCGACUUGCCCGUAUAAAGCAGCACGAGGAGACUCCAAAAGAUGAUUUUUCGGAGGAGUUGCAGGAGAUUUUCGAAAUUCCACGGGUUGUCUACAACAACGAUAUUGUUUGCAUACCUGUUCGCGAUAUUUUCACCGAGGAAAUAUCACGACAUUAUUUUAAGAUUGAUUGCGACGAAUCGCCAUGCAUAUUGGACACUACCUCAUCGUUUUACCAAAUCUCUUCCGUUUCUUCAAAUCUACCGUAUGCUGCACAGCCUCAAAUGUUCGCUAUUCCUGAAAAGAUGAGCGCUACAGUGGAGAGGAUGCGCAACAUAGUCUUAGCUCAUGAUGAGGUCGAAGAAAAUCCUUUGGUUCUGCUUCUCUUUGGCGCUGCUGGUAGCGGCAAACGUCUGGUAGCUACACACUUGGCCAUCAAGACACAUCGAAAUCUCAUCGAAAUGAGCUGCUACGAUAUUUGGAGCGAGGUGACAUCGCAGUCUGAAGAAAAGCUCAACAAACUUUUCGAAAAAGCUGCUUCGUUUCAACCGUGUAUUCUUCAUCUGACUUCAAUUGACGUUUUCGCAUAUGAUGUGGCAACAAAUACCACAGACCCUCGGAUGAUGGCUGCAUUACGGGUCUGGUUGGAGAAGCCAGCACAGAUUACCGUCAUUUUUUCAUGCAAUUCCGAUAAGGUUUGUCAGCUAUCUUCAACACUUCAGUCGCUUGUUCUCUAUGAUUUCAUGAUAGAGCAUCUUGACGAAGACGCACGUCUAAUCUUUUUAUCGUCUUGGCUGACAUUUGAAUUGGCCACCUAUGCAGCGAGAAAUACGGCGGGUUUCGUGAUUGCAGAGCUCAUUAAUCUAAUUAGGGAUGUACACUUCCGGAUAACGACGCAAAAGGUCGAUCGCCCAGAAAUCAGCCAUGUAGAAUGGGCGAUUGACAAGCGAAAUGCAAGUUUUGCAGAUGCUAUAGGCGCUCCAAAGAUUCCCAGCGUUUCUUGGGAUGAUGUUGGAGGUCUCGAAGAAACGAAGCGUACAGUGAUUGAAAGUAUUGAAUCAAACUUGCAUGGCACUGGACUCAAAAGAUCAGGAGUAAUUUUCUUUGGACCUCCAGGCUGUGGAAAGACACUCAUUGCUAAAGCCGUGGCAACCGAGUUCAAAAUUGCUUUCUUGAACGUCAAAGGACCAGAAUUGCUGAAUAAGUAUGUCGGCCAAAGUGAAGAAAAUCUGCGAAAAGUUUUUGAAAGAGCUCGGCAAGCAUCACCCUGCGUGAUAUUUUUUGAUGAGCUGGAUUCUCUGGCGCCAAGUCGAGGACGAAGUGGAGAUUCCGGGGGCGUUGCUGACAGGAUAGUUUCACAACUAUUGGCAGAACUCGAUAGCCUUCAUCAAUCGCCCCAUAUCAAGGUGUUCGUCAUGGCCGCUACCAACAGAGCAGAUUUGUUGGAUCCAGCAUUGCUAACUCCGGGAAGAUUUGAUAAAAUCAUCGAGGUCAAGCCUGGAACAGAUCUGGAGUCAAAAGUGAAAAUCUUGGAAGCGGUAACGCGGAAGUUACAUUUGGCUAAGGACGUGGACUUGCAUGCUGUGGCUGAAAAGUGUGGUGAGAUAGCGACGGGAGCUGAGAUGUAUGGGCUUGUGUCAGCAGUCGUACUUGAGGCAAUACGUGAGCAGAUUCAUCUUAUCGAAGCUGGUCAUGCUGUGCCUUCUCAUAUGAAAGGAAUCGUUACUCAGGCUCAUUUCGAAGCAGCUCUAGAGAAGAAAAGAUUGGAAAAGAGACCUACAAUCAAAUCAGCUUCUUAUGCCUACUAGAAACGAUUUCUCAUGCAUGUCCUUGCUUUACAUUUUUUCUCCGAAACGGGUAAAUCUUCUGAUGCUGCUUACUUGAUCUAAUUGAAUUUACUAGCCAAAUGUUGAGACGCUAACAAAGUUGUUUGCAGCGGGAGAGAAUUGAAAGUAAUAAAAGAUGGC